AUGAUUAAAACCAGCCGAGACGUGACGGACGGCUCGUCGUCGGCGGCCAUGAGAUCACCCGUACUUCGGCUGCGGCUGAAGAAGCCCUCGACGGUCACAGCUGUGGCCGCCGGCGACCGCAAGAAAGUGUCGUUCAGCGACUCAGUGGUGGACAACGAGGGGUUGGGCCGCAAGAAGUCCAAGUGUUGCUGCGUUUACCACAAACCCAGACUCUUCGACGACGGCUCGUCCACCGAUUCCGACGACUCGGACGACUGCCCGGAGAGCGACCACUGUUUCGGCCAUAAGAAGCGGCCGACGAGUCGAAAGCGCGGCCCCAACGGCACCGCCGCAGCCGCUGCUGACGACGGCCUCCACCCUAUGGUCGACGUCGAGGACAUGGAUGUCGGCGCCGACUGA